AAAUGUAAUUGAAACCGACCUAAAGCUUUUUUUUCCUUAAUUCUUAAAUGUAGACCAGACUAUUAUUGACUUAAACAUUGGAGUGUCUAUCCCGAGGAUUCACCUCAGGGCUUUGCAAGUUAUCCCGAAGAGAAGACUUGGACUAGAAGAAGUUACCUGGAUGAUUCAGAAGAAAGGAAGAAUAUCGCAAAUUUUUUUCAAGUGUGGAAUCAAUUCAUAUAUUCCAUGCGAGAAGGGGAUCUAAUAAGCAAUAGGGAAAGAGAUUUGCUACUUGUGUCAUAUGCUUCAAGCGAUGUCACUGUUGUCCAGUGGCCCCCUUUUUGCUUGCAAGCAAGCAUCUUUGAAGAAGCUCAUUUGCACAGUGAAGAUGUUCAAUAUGGCAAGAAGGAGCAGGGAUUUGAGAGGAUAAAUAUUAGCAUUACACUCAACAAAUCAUGGAGGGAAAAGGUUGUUAGGCUGUAUUUGCUUCUGACAGAGAAAGAAUCUGCCAUAGAUGUGCCUACAAAUUUUAAGGCUUGGCGACGCAUUACUUUCUUUGCAAACUCCCUAUUUAUGAAUAUGCCAAGUGCUCCAAAAGUCCGUUACAUGCUCUCUUUUAGCAUUUUGACUCCGUAUUACAAGGAAGAUGUUCUUUAUUCUGAGGAAGAACUCAACAAGGAAAAUGAGGAUGGCAUAUCAAUUUUGCUUUACCUACAGAAAAUAUAUCCUGGUGAAUGGACCAAGUUCCAGGAACGUUUGAAAGAGAACGAGGAUGUCAAAGCUGAAAAGGAGGAACUUCGAAAGUGUGUAUCAUACAGAGCACAAACACUCUCCAGAACAGUGAGAGGGAUAAUGUACCACAGGCUGGCUUUACAACUUCAAUGCUUUCUGGAAUCUUCAGGAGAUAAUGCUAUUUUUGGUGGAUAUCGUACCUGGGAACCAAGUGAGCAGGAACAUAGGGCUUUCAUGGAUCGUGCAGAAGCUCUGGCCAGUUUGAAGUUCACCUACGUCGUUUCUUGUCAGGUCUACAGAACUCAGAAAAAAUCAGCUGAUGCUCGAGAUCAUAGUUAUGAAAUUGCUAAUGUCUCUUUAAAUAAACGCAAACUAGAAAGAUAUCCACCCAAACCAGGAGCGAAAACACACGAAACACAGCAAACAGCGAAGCAAACAGCAAAGAAAACGGAUAAAGACAGCCACAACAAGGCAGGAAAAAAAUUACAGAAGACAGGAAACAGUCCCAGGGAAAGACAAAAAACAUCAGCUGAUAAAAAAGACCAGAAAAAGAAUCACUUUGAAGAGACCUACAAAGUGAGAAAUGUUCUGGAGGAAUUCAUAAAACAUCGUCCCAAUGAUAGGAAACCAACAAUAUUGGGCCUAAGGGGGCAUAUUUUUACUGGAAGUGUUUCUUCACUAGCUUGGUUCAUGUCCAAUCAAGAGACUAGUUUUGUAACUAUAGGUCAACGGAUUUUGGCAAAUCCUCUGAGGAUUGAGGGUUCUUUAGAUGAGGGAAGUGUAUUAGGAUUAUUUUUCUGGACUGAUCCAAUGGUGAGUGUAGUUUGAUAGAUGGUUAUACUGUAUUUAAGUCCACGUUUCCCUUUAACUUGAACUCAAGGGUAAGAAAUAUUACCCUUGAGU